UGCCAAAAAGUCAAAACAUCCAAAAACACAUCAUUGUUUUAACAAGUUUGCAUCUUUCAAGAAAAGGGUGACAUUCGCGCUGCUAGUUUCGUAAACAAAAUGCAUUGAUAGGACCGUCAAACUGUCCCAAAUUACCAAAUUGGACUUUCGUUGCCCGUCUAUAACCCAUUGCAAUAAUGUCCAUAACAACCAGUUUUGUGAUAGCCGGCUUAAUUCGCUUCCUCUUAAUCAUAUCGAAAUACGCCCAAAUAAUUCAAAAUCGUAUCGAAAUUUCAACUCCACUAAACUCAUGGAAACGAGUGAGUGAAGGUGCAUUCAUGUACAAUGCGAACAUAAAUCCAUACACCGGUGACAUGUACCAUGAAAAUCCAUUGAUUUUGGUGGCCACAAACUUCUUGAUCAAUAAAACACCGCUGGUGAUUCCAUAUCUUAUCAUAGCGUUGGAUUUGGCUGCUGGUUGGUUACUGUAUAAGAUGGCUGAGCGAUUUAUUCACGAAAUGUACGACGACGAACGAAGUAAACUCAGCAAAUUUGCAAAGGAUUCGGAGCCACUACACAUCAAAACAACCGAUCUAACCGAAAUCCCGGUCUACGUGGCCAUGGCCUAUCUAUUCAAUCCGUACAGUGUCCUGAACUGUGUCGGCUUGACGACAACGGUGUGGAGUAAUUUUCUGCUAGCCGGAUUCUUCUACUGUUUGUCGCGUAAGAACACCGUUUUCAGUUGUCUAUUCUUGUCGCUGGAGACGCAGAGAAAUUUUUACCCCUUCGUGUUAAUCGUACCUGCCAUGCUGAUUUUGAGCAGAAGCGGCGACAAACUUAAUAAAGCCAAAAUGGUUCAGGUGCUAGUCAUUUACUUGAUCACAUUCGUCGGCCUAAACUUUGGAGCAUUUUACUUAAUUCAAGACUGGAAUUUCUUGAACGCAACGUUUGGAUUCAUAUUCUAUCACACCGACCUCACACCGAACAUCGGUUUGUUUUGGUAUUUCUUCACCGAAAUGUUCGAACACUUCCGAACGUUGUUCCUGUAUACAUUCCAAAUGAACGCAACCGUACUGUACCUAUUCCCAUUGACGAUAAAGCUACACAAGAAACCACUUUUAUUGGCCACUAUCUUGACGGCAUUGAUAACCAUCUUCCGUUCAUAUCCGUGCAUUGGUGACGUUGCGUUCUACAUGUCUUUGUUCCCGUUGUGGAAGUCGUCGGCGAGAUUCAUGGCCAACAACUUCAUCGUGUUCUGUUUUCUUCUAAUCACAUCCGCACUCGGUCCGAUCGUUUGGUAUCUAUGGAUCUACUGUAAUUCGGCCAAUGCCAAUUUCUAUUUUGGAGCUACAUUGGCAUUCGCUAGUGCUCAAAUAUUUCUAGUCACCGAUCUACUAUUCGCCUCGAACAAACGAGAAUUUUGUCUGCGUGAAGGACUGAGUGUCAUAAGUAAAAUUGCGUUGGAAUAGAAAGUGUUUCUCGUCUUUUGGAAUAAACCUUUUCAAAAUCGAAA